UCCGCUCUUUAGUCCGGACAGCAGGCCAAAAAUUCCUGGAUUGCACAGUGGGCAAAGCUGCCCUGCCUCCCUGCAGGGCGGGACUAACUAAUAGGGUGGAACCACCGCCACAAAGCUGGGCGCCAUCAGCCUGAUCCCAGCACUCGGACAGGCGCCAUGUGGCUUAUACUGGUGCUCCUGGCCGUGCUGCUGCUGGCCGUCCUCCGCAAAGUUUACCUGGGGCUGUUUUCGAGCAGCUCCCCGAAUCCUUUCUCGGAGGAUGUCAAACGACCACCCGCGCCCCUGGUGACCGACAAGGAGUCCCGGACGAAGGUCCUUAAACAAGCUUUCUCAGUCAGCCGAGUGCCGGAGAAGCUGGAUGUGGUGGUCAUUGGCAGUGGCUUUGGGGGCCUGGCUGCAGCUGCAAUUCUGGCCAAAGCUGGCAAGCGAGUUCUGGUUCUGGAACAACAUACCAAGGCAGGAGGCUGUUGUCACACCUUUGGAAAGAAUGGCCUUGAAUUCGACACAGGAAUCCAUUACAUUGGGAGGAUGGAGGAAGGCAGCUUUGGCCGUUUUACCUUGGACCAGAUCACUGAGGGGCAGCUGGACUGGGCUGCCUUGUCCUCUCCCUUUGACAUCAUGGUACUAGAAGGGCCCAGUGGCCGAAAGGAGUUCCCCAUGUACAGUGGGGAGAAAGCCUACAUUCAGGGUCUCAAGGAGAAGUUUCCCCAGGAAGAAGCUGCCAUUGACAAGUAUAUAAAGCUGGUUAAGCUGGUAGCCAGAGGAGCCAUUCAUGUUGUCUUGAUGAAGAUCCUCCCAUUGCCCGUGGCUCAGUUCCUCAGCAAGUGUGGGCUGCUCACUCGUUUCUCUCCAUUCCUUCGCACGUCCACCCAGAGCCUGGCUGAGGUCCUGCGGCAGCUGCCCGCCUCUCAGGAGCUCCAGGCAGUGCUCAGCUACAUCUUCCCCACGUAUGGCGUGACCCCCAGCCACACCACCUUUUCCAUGCAUGCUCUGCUGGUUGACCACUACAUUAAAGGGGCCUUUUACCCUCGAGGGGGUCCUAGUGAAAUUGCCUUUCACACCAUCCCUGUGAUUCAGCAGGCCGGUGGCGCUGUCCUGACGAGGGCCUCUGUGCAGAGUGUGUUGCUGGACUCAACUGGGAAAGCCUGUGGUGUCAGUGUAAAGAAGGGUCAAGAGCUGGUGAACAUCUAUUGCCCCAUCGUGAUCUCUGAUGCAGGACUGUUCAAUACCUACAAGUACUUAUUGCCAGAGAACGUCCACUGCCUGCCAGGUGUGAAGCAGCAGCUGGAGAUGAUACGGCCAGGCUUGGGCAUGUUGUCUGUCUUCAUCUGCCUACGAGGCACCAAGAAGGACUUGGGGCUGCAGUCCACCAACUACUAUGUUUAUUUUGACACAGACAUGGACAAAGCAAUGGAGCGCUACCUCUCUAUGCCCAGGGAAAAGGCGGCAGCACACAUACCUCUUCUCUUCAUUAGCAGCUCAUCAGCUAAGGACCCGACUUGGGAGGACCGAUUUCCAGACCGGUCCACGAUGAUCGUGCUGGUGCCCACCUCCUACGAGUGGUUUGAGGAGUGGCAGGAGGAGCCAAAGGGAAAGCGGAGCAGUGGCUAUGAGACUCUGAAAGCCACCUUUGUUGAAGCCUCCCUGUCAGUUGUCAUGAAGCUGUUCCCACAGCUGGAGGGAAAGGUGGACAGUGUGACUGGAGCAUCGCCGCUGACCAAUCAGUUCUAUCUGGCUGCUUUCCGGGGUGCCACUUAUGGGGCUGACCACGACCUGAGCCGCCUGCAUCCUCAUGCAGUAGCCUCCAUCAGGGCCCAAAGCCCCAUCCCCAACCUCUACCUGACAGGCCAGGAUAUCUUCACCUGUGGGUUGAUGGGGGCCCUGCAAGGGGCCCUUCUGUGCAGCAGUGCCAUCCUGAAGCGGAACUUGUACUUAGACCUCAAGAAGCUUCAUUCAAGGAUCCAGGCACAAAAGAAGAAGAAUUAGUCUGGUCAGGGAUGAGUCAGAGGAAUUUGGCCAGUGCUGUGGCACAGCCCCUGACUUAGCUAUAAUGUCUUUCAGCAAUAGUUUCUGCUCAGAUAAAGCCCUCUCAUUUGUUUUUGAUUUCUGAAUGGAGAUCCGACACAGGUCUAGCACUGUAUGGUUGCCUCUCAUGCGUCCCCUGCUGGAAACUGGCCCACAACCCUGGCAUGUGCCCUGACUGGGAAUCGAACCUCAAUCCCUUGGUUUGCAGGCCCGUGCUCAAUCCACUGAGCUACACCAGUCAGGGCACGUCUUCAAAUGAAGCUGUUCUACCUGGGGCAGGGAUGAUCUUUCAUACCUUUUAUAACAUGCUAGCCCUAAUAAAAGGCCCGGGGGGGAGGGGGCAGCUACCGAUUUGGAUAGCCUUAAUACCUCAUUAAGCAGUGUUCUGCAUCCCACACCCAUCCCUCCUAACUCAGCAAUCAAACUGAAUAUUCUUUCAGUCAGGUGGCUAGGACCCUUGAAAGUGCUAGGCCAGCUGUCUCGAGGCUUCUCAUCCACAGUGUAGAUUGCCGCAGUCUACACCGGUAAAGAAAAAGGUGCCUAGUGAACUUUUGGUCAAUAUUUCAUAGGUUCAGAGGACUCCAGAUCCUAUUUUUGGCAGGUUCCAGGAGCUCUUUCAGAGGGUGAAGACCUGUGAUAGGUUCAAUGUGGUAGUGGGGGUUGGAGGUAAUAAAAAGACCUAUUACUUCACAAGGUAUGUGUGACAAGAUAAUAUCCAAUUCAUAUGCAGCUGAGGCCCUACAUUUCUUGUCCUUAUAUUGAGGAUGUCCCUGGGUUCUCAAUGUGCCAGCCCCAAGACACACCCUCAUGGAGCCUCAAGACUUAUCUUCCAAAGACAGAGAGCAAAGGGUGGUGUUAGCAGGGCACAGGACUGGAAUGGUGGCUUCACAAGGUUGAAGCAGGCUGUAAGAGCAUUCCAGGCCAGCAGUACAGCAAAGGACAAUUGCCAAGAAGUAACUGAAUGAAUAAUGACUAAGGGCCCAGUUAGCUACCUCCUAGACCUAGAGAGGGCUGCCUGGUGGGGAGGAGAAGUGGGGUUGGAAAUCAGUCACCGUCACAGCAGGGAAUGCUACAGAAUGUGUACAAAGUCCAGAAUGGCGUUUCCAGUUUAUUAGACACUGGAUGGGAAGGUGAAUGGAGACUAAAGGUUAAAAAUAAAAUGAUCUGUGGCUUUAA